AUGCUCUAUUGUCGGAUUUGGGGCUGGAAGAUGAUGGUGAUGAAGUUGAGGAGGAGAAGGGGUCAUAAAAGUCCUGGUACUCCAAAUUCUUCGAGUGGCAAUACAUCCACUGAUACAGGCGGAUUAGUUGGUGGGUCUGGUUCCAAGCAUCCGGGGGAUAUUUCUCUAGAAGACAUGGAAGGGAAACUCCCAGGAGGUGGUAGCCCUGGGAGAGAUGAUAAGGCAGUAAUGAGAGAGAAUGUGGAUCAGACUGUAGCAUCAGAAAUCAGCGGAUCACCUGAACAUUCAAGGGUUACAGGAGAAAGAGAUUCCACUAUUUCGUCCUCAUCUGUUCCUGCACAACAUUUAUUAACAGAUCCAGUUGGAACAGUUGGACAAAGUGGACAGAAGCCAAAACUACCUGAACUUUCAUCCACUAAAGGCGUGCAUGGAACUGAAGAAGACACGCAAACGCCCGGAGAAAAAGAGGAGGGCAAGGACACACAAGAUGCACAAAGCGGAGAGAAUACAGUCACAACAGGACCGGGUACUAAUGAUGGAGACAGCAGUAAUAAUGCACAGUCUCAAGGAGGUAAAGACAGACAAUCUGGUACUGUGAAUGGUUCUACAACUGAGGGAAGUGAAUCAACAAACAACACAGAUGAUAUAGGAAAUACAGAUACCACUACUACCACCACCACCACCACAACAACAACAACACUUCCUCCUGAACUCACAAACAACAAGAAGGGUGAUGCAGACAGCAGCAGCAGUAUCAGCAGUACUGUGUGGGUGCGUGUACCACUACUGAUUGUGGUUACACUGGCCUGUAUUCUUGUGUGCUGA